AUGUCAUCGCCUUCAGCACCGAGAGCGCAAGGCCCAGGCAUGUCUUACGAGCGCAACGUUCCGGACGCAUACGACGAUCACAGCGCCUCGCGUCAGCAGCUGCUGCAACCGCAGUACCCUCACUAUGCCGACGAACCUGCUUAUGAUGCUCCCACUCCAGCACUCGCCGCGGACAACUACUCGCCAGACUACACCAUGGAGGACAUGCGCAGACCGCUUGCUCCAGGCUCUCAGCCGUUCUCCAACGCAGCUUACCCUCAUAGCUUUGCCGAUCCAGACGCUGGCUGGACCGAGAAGCGUCAAUCAGGCGUACCUGAUACCUAUGCCGCCGCAGCUCCAACUCGCACCCGCAAGAAGCUGUGGUGGACCCUCGGCGGUGCCAUCCUUGCCGUCGCUCUUAUCGCCGGUGUAGUCGCCGGCAUCGUCGUUGCCAAGCACAAGAACAGCAACCAGAGCGCUCCCUCUUCCAGCGGCAACAGCAACGUCCUCUCUGGCGAUCCGUCCAAGUUCAAGAAGAACUCUGCCCUUCACAACAGCUUCUACGGAAUGUGCUACACUCCCUUCAACUCGCAGUACACGUACGGGUGUGGUGUCGACCUCGCCUCCGUUGUCGAAGAUGUUCAGACUCUUUCGCAACUUACCACCCGUGUCCGUCUGUACGGCGCUGACUGCAACGUCACUGCGCUCAUGCUCGACGCCAUUCAGCGCACCAAGGUCAAUCUUACCAUCUAUCCCGCCAUCUACCUCGAUCUGUCGGACCCUGGCGACGUCGCCUGGACUCGUCAAUUGGACAACAUCACCUUUGCUCUCGACAACUUUGGCACUUCGAAUGUCGGAGGUAUCUCGGUCGGAAAUGAGUAUCUGCUCAACGGUGGUUCUGCGACCGAUCUGCUCGCCUACGUCCAGCGAUUCCGCACCUUCGCUUCAUCCAAGAGCUGGACCUUCCCUGUCGGCACUGCCGAUGCUGGCAGUAUGCUCACUGCGACCGUCGCUGCUGGUGUCGACUACUUCAUGGCCAACGUCCACGCUUGGUUCGCCGGUACUUUGGUCUCCGACGGCCCGGCAUGGACCUACCAGUACUUUGAAGACAACGACGCCAACGUCGCUGCUGCUGCACCCAACAAGCCUGCCGCCUACAUCGCCGAGACCGGCUGGCCCUCGGGCGCAAACGACACCAAGGCACUCACCUACGUCAACGACCAAGGCACCGUCACAGGCGCCCACGCUGGCGUUUCGGAGAUGCAAACCUUCUUGGACGGCUACGUCUGCCCAGCAAACAAGAACGGAACCGGCUACUUCUGGUUCGAGCUCUACGACGAAGAGUGGAAGAAUGCGCUCUAUGGUGGCGUCGAGGCUCACUGGGGCUUGUUUGAUCAGGACAAGAAGUUGAAGCAGAUCACGAUUCCGGACUGCAGCCAUACUUGA